AAGCGUCGACGGAAAAAAAGUUUUCCAGCUGAAAGACAUUCGCAAGGGUUCUUCUAAACCUAUACUCUACUAGCCUCUGUGUCAAACUUGUUAAAAGGCAGAAUGUCUCCACCAUCUAGAAGGCUACAAACCAAGCCUGUGAUAACAUGUCUCAAGACGUUUCUUAUUUCGUACAGUCUCAUAUUUUGGUUCACAGGAGUGAUCCUGCUAGCUGUAGGGGUAUGGGGUAAGGUGAGCCUGGAGCCCUAUCUCCACCUUGACACAGAGAACAGCACCAAUGCACCAUAUGUUCUCAUCGGGACCGGAGCCAUCAUCGUCAUCUUUGGCCUGUUCGGCUGUUUUGCCACAUGCAGAGGCAGUCCGUGGAUGCUGAAACUGUAUGCAAUGUUCUUGGUGUUGGUUUUCCUUGCUGAACUAGUGGCGGGCAUCUCUGGUUUCAUCUUCAGACAUGAGAUCAAAGGAAUCCUAGAGGAUGUCUACACAAAUGCUCUUAACUCCUACAACAAAACAGACUCCAAAAGCAUGGCUGUGGAUAAAAUUCAGAUAAAUCUUAAGUGCUGUGGAUUGCACAACUACACUGACUGGAAAAUCAGGCCCUACUUUGAGCAUCAUGGCAUCCCAGAGAGCUGCUGCAAAGACGUUUCUGCCUGUAACCCUGAGUUCCUCAAGGACCUAGACCAAGCUGCGAAAGUGGUUAACCAGGAUGGGUGUUUCUCAAACGUGACUAGGGCCAUGGAGUCUAACCUUGGAAUCAUUGCUGGAAUAUCUUUUGGAAUUGCUUUCUUCCAGCUCAUUGGAAUAUUCUUGGCCUGCUGCUUGUCUCGGUACAUUACCAAUAACCAGUAUGAAAUGGUUUAGCAGUGUUCCCUGCCUCAGCUACACCAUAAUAUGCUGGAUUCUUUGGCUACACAAGAUGGAGGCUUGCACAAAGGGAACCUGUAGUCUUUUAAUUUUUAUACAUAUACACCUUAGCUGUCCAUUUCUUUUUAGACAAUACUCCAGCUGCUUUUUAGAGAAAAGAAAAAAAGACGAAUAUAUUUCAGUUUAAUCCAGUUAGAAGUGUAUGUAUGGCGUGGAAUAGACAAGAUAAAGGAUCUGAUGUGUGGGUAAUUAGCUACGAUAUAUGUGCAAAGAUUUUUUUUUUUUUUUUUUUGUCGAUUGUCCUGAUUGCUUGCAACAAGUGCUCAAUGAAAGACGUGGGAUGAAAAUCAACUUUCAAGUGAUCAAUGCGUUACUGUAAUUUAUAUAGGAGUAAAUUAGGAGUAAUUUUGCUCUCUACGCAUUAGCUUGCAGUGACCCUCGCCUGAAAGGAAUGUUGACUUUGAGGAUUGAACACCAGAUGUCCUGCUUUUUUUUCUUCUUUUUUUUCCUUUUCAGCAUCCAUACAAAGUGCAGUGCAGCUUUAAAAGUAUCUAGAGUUUACAUUGGUUAUAUAGAUAAAUAUGUAGAAUUGACUUGAGCUUUUUUUGUGUCAGUGGACAAAUGGCGUGACUUUAUAACAAGCAAAUUUAUUGUAGCUGUAAAUUAUGUGAAAUGUUUCGUGCAGAUAUAGGAAGUGAAGUCUGAAUCUGGGGGGUAAGGGACGAAUUUGGUGGAGACAGGAGAGCUGUUCAUGUUUUCUCAAAGAUGACGUACACCAGUGAGUGGUGAACAUUGUGGUUAGAGAGCAGGUUCACAGGACUGUAUCAGAGUUCUUUAACACAUUCACAUUACAUUCAAUCUGUAGGCUAUGUCACCAGAUUCCAUAAAAGGGACGUCUCUCAGAUGAUUUCACGUUUCUGCUCUCUACAUUUCAUUGUGAAGUACAUUCAUAUUGAUUGAUGUAAUCUCUUUGACUGUUGUAUUUUUAAUAAGUAAGCUCUGUCAUAAUUAAUUUCAGUAUUAUUUGUUCAGGUUUGGAGAAGGCAUAAAAAAAUACUUGAAAAUUAAAAUACUAAUUUUCAUCUAAAAAA